AUGAGAAUGCUAAGCCCUUCAGCAGCCGGCACUAAUCAAUUACCCAUUACUGAUAAACGGCCGGAGCCACUGGAAAUUUUAAAAAAGGAAAAGGCGCUAUUUGCCACCUCCUGCCUCGCGCAGCGUGGGCCUCCCAGAGCCUGUCCUGCCAGCGCCGCGCAGGGUCCCAGUCAACGAGGCCGUCAAGGGCCUGAGGGGGGCGCCCUCGCCGCGGGGAACACUGGAAAUGCCUCGGGGGCGGACUCAGAGGACCGAAAGCUGGUGGAGGAGAGGGCGAGCGGCUGCGAGGAGCGACGAGACUGGCGCGGGGACGACGCGGCGGAGGCAAUCGGAAGAGAAACGAGGCCGGGCGAGGAGGAGGAAAUCCAGCCGAUGAAGGGGAGCUGCCGCCGAGGAGGGAGGCGGGUCCCUUCUGCUGCCGCCGCUGCUGCUGUUCCGGGACGCCGCCCGGGGAGCCCGCCCGCCCCUGCACCGCGGCGCAGGUUUGCGAGCCGACUUGUCAGCCAGCCAAGAAAAGGAAGCUCCGUCCCUUCCCGCUCACCCGGCUUCCCCACCCCUUGUACUCUAAACCCUGCAGCGGCCGAGCGGCGCGGCCACGGAGGCGCCGAGGAGGAGCGAGCCGCCGCCGGGCAGCGGCGUGCCCUCGGGGGAGAGGGCGCCGGAGAGGAGGCGGCGACGCGGCGGCGAGGGCGCGGCGCGCGAUGGCAGCUGCUUAGCCCGGCGGGCGCGGAGCAGCCCCGAGCUGUGGCUGGCCAGGCGGUGCGGCUGGGCAGGGGAAGCCGCCGCCGCUGCAUCCCGGCCAGGAGAGAUGAGCACGGAGGCAGGCGAGGGCAUCACUUUCUCCGUGCCGCCCUUCGCCCCCUCGGGGUUCUGCACCAUCCCCGAGGGCGGCAUCUGCAGGAGGGGAGGAGCGGCGGCGAUAGGCGAGGGCGAGGAGCACCAGCUGCCACCGCCGCCGCCGGGCAGCUUCUGGAACGUGGAGAGCGCCGCUGCCCCUGGCAUCGGGUGUCCCGCGGCCACCUCCGCAAGCAGUGCCACCCGGUGCCGGGGCAGCUCUGGUGGUGGAGGCAGCCGACGGACCACGGUGGCAUAUGUGAUCAAUGAAGCGAGCCAGGGGCAACUGGUGGUGGCCGAGAGCGAGGCCCUGCAGAGCCUGCGAGAGGCGUGCGAGGCGGUGGGCGCCACCUUGGAGACCCUGCAUUUUGGGAAACUGGACUUUGGAGAAACCACGGUUCUGGACCGCUUUUACAAUGCAGGU